AUGUCUACAUCAAACAGCACAUCGACUUGUUUUAUAUCAGUAGACUUCGAAAAUUACAAUAUCACCGAUUUACCCGAUACUGUAGUCCCAGUAUGGACCACCCUCGCUAUUAUCAAUGGAAUCGCUUCCCCUUUUACAGCAGUUCUUAAUGCCUUGAUGGUCUGGACAAUUUUAGGAGAUCAUGAGCUGAGAUCAAAGACCUACAAUACCUUACUGGUGUCCCUUGCUGUGACUGAUCUCCUUGUCGGGUUAGUAGUAGAACCCUUGUACUGCCAAUUCCUUGUAAGUUUAACCAAAGAACCCGAUCCACCAUGCCUAUUAUUUGAAGUGUACAUGUUAGCAAUGGUGUUUUGCGCUGGGAUGACAUUAUGUACUUUGAUGAUUCAAAGCGUAGAAAGAUAUCUUGCUAUACAGCUUCCCAUCUUCCAUUACGUCCACGUUAAAACCAAGAGGGUCAUGACUAUAACUGUUGCCACAUGGAUAUGUACUCCGACAAUCAUGUUGGCCCUUAGAAUGCUUUUGAAUGACUCCCGAGCCUUUAAGCAAGUACCAUUCAUCAAGUUCAUUUUAGGAAACACUCUUGUCAUCAUAUACUGUACUGCCAGAGUACACAUAACGGCAUAUUACAAAAGGAAAACAAUAUCCAAUGCAGCAAUGUCUACAUCUCAGCAAUCGCAGCAGGAUCGCACUGAGCAACAAAAGCAACAGAUCAAAGAGUAUAAGCGAGCCUUUACAAUGGGUAUUUUAGUACUCACCUCUGUCAUAUUCUAUUUUCCUUUUAUCACUGUCUCUAUCAUACAAGCUGUCAACGGAAAAGAAGUUACGCAAGAUUUUCAAUACAUUGCAAAAGAAAUUUCGGCAACGAUCAUUCACCUGCAGUCUUUGAUCAACCCCUUCAUCAUAUCACUACGCAUUAAGAAGAUAAGAAAAGGYUUAAAGAAGAAAAUGAUGUGUAGAUUCAAUUAA